AUGAUACGACGACGAACUGCCCAACCUUCGGAUCACCCCUACAAGCCAUAUUGCUUUUUGACCAGCAUUAAAUCGUCUUGCGUUCUCUUACGACUAUCCGUCGAGCCUGCUGGUGACACCAAUUCCGUACGCCCCAUACGCGACACCGUAAGGAUGGUAUCGGGUGCAGCCGAUUCUGGAAAGGAAGAUGUUGAGAUGUCUGGCGCUGAGCCUCCAACUAUGCUCACCCUUCCUAGUGAUGAUACCAAGCAUACCGAUGGCCAUCUCAUGAAGCUCGAGGUCGACAUCGGUCGGAUUCUCAUCAAAGAGGAGGAAGAGGGUGAUUGGGAUGCCGACACGAGUCCUUUCCCUGUCGUGAGGGCUGUCGUCCCCGAGACAGAUGAUACUGCAAUUUCCGUCAACACGUUCCGAGCAUGGUUCUUGGGUAUUAUCUUUGUCUUCCUCGGAGCCGGAGUGAAUCAGUUCUUCUCUCUGCGCUAUCCUAGUGUACGCAUCGUAUCCCUGGUAGCCGAGCUCCUGGCAUUCCCGCUCGGAGUAGCGCUGGCAAAUGUGCUACCAAUCAGCAGAUUCAAUCCAGAUCGCCACUUCAACAUUAAGGAGCAUGCUCUCGUCACCAUCAUGAGCAACGUAUCCUUCGGAUUCGGGUCUGCAGACGCAACAAACCUCAUCCAGGCCUCGAGGUUCUAUGGGUUCGACAUGCCACCCGGAUUCUGCAUCCUUGUCGUUCUGUGCUGCCAGCUCUGUGGGUAUGGCGUUGCUGGACUGUCAGCACCGUUCUUGGUGAAGCCAGCAAGCAUGAUAUGGCCGGGUGUUCUUAGCAACAUCGCCCUGCUCAGCUCCCUGCAUUCACGUGCCAAUGCAAUCGCGGAUGGCUGGCGAAUCUCUCGCAUCCGGUUUUUCCUCGUGGUUGGCACUGGAGCCUUUGUUUGGUACUGGUUCCCCGGCCUGAUCUUCACCGGACUCAGCUAUUUUACCUGGAUCUGCUGGAUCGUGCCGGACAACCUCGCCGUGAACCAGAUCUUCGGCAUGGUUAGCGGCAUGGGUCUUUUCCCCCUUACGUUCGAUUGGUCUCUUGUGGCGUACAACACCAACCCUCUGCUGAGUCCUCAUUGGGCGGCGUUGAAUGUCUUCGUUGGCUUUGCGGCAUUCUUCUGGAUUGUGACUCCUGCAAUGUACUAUACGAACACGUGGUUCACCAGCUACCUUCCUUACUGCACGGCAGACGUGUAUGAUCGGUUUGGCGAACUGUACGACACCACCAAAGUUCUGACGAACAACUUGUUCGACGAAUCAAAAUAUGUCGAGUACUCGCCACCCUAUCUGCCGGCAACCUUUGCAUUCGUGUAUGGCUUGGCUUUUGCUUCGAUCACCAGCGUCCUCUCUCACGCCUAUUUCUUUCAUUGGGAAGAGAUCAAACAUGCCGUGCGAGGUACUCUGAAACUCGAUAUACACGCACGACUGAUGAGAGCUUACAAGUCAACGCCAUUGUGGUGGUGGUCCGUAAUCAUGUUGGGGACCUUUGGAAUGGCCGUGGCAACUGCGGAAGUCUAUGAUACAGGCCUCCCUUGGUACGGUGUCGUGUUGGCCUUCAUCAUUCCAGCCAUCUACAUGGUUCCAUGUGGCAUGAUUCAGGGAGUGACCAAUGUUGAUGCUAAUCAACUAAACGUGCUGUCUGAGUUCAUUGGCGGUUACAUGUUUCAAGGCCGGCCCAUUGCCAAUAUACUCUUCAAGAUCCUAUCUCAAGACGUCGUGGGUCAAGGACUGUACUUUGCCAUGGACAUGAAACUGGCUCACUACCUCAAGAUCCCACCGCGCACACUAUUCUUUGCACAAGGGUUGGCAACAAUGCUUGGAGCACUGACGCAGACAGGGGUCACGCUCUGGAUGCUCGGGAACGUUGAGGGGAUCUGUGACGCGGACCAGCCGAGCGGCUUCAGCUGUCCUCAGGGGCGCACAGUCUUCUCGUCCUCGGUGAUAUGGGGUCUCGUCGGGCCGGCCAGACUGUACUCUGCCGGUGCCAUAUAUUCACCGCUUCUGCAUUUCUUCUGGAUCGGACUCAUUCUGCCACCGAUCACCUGGUACGCAUGGAAGAGGACGGGCAACGAGUUUAUCCGCAAAAUCAACUGGCCGCUCAUCUUCGUCGGGACGUACAACGUCCCCCCAGCCACGGGAAUCAACUAUUCGAGCUGGUACAUCGUCAACCUCGUGUUCAACAAGAUCAUAUACACAAGGUUCUAUGCUUGGUGGUCCAAAUACAACUAUGUCAUGGCCGCUGCUCUCGAUACUGGACUGGCUAUAAGCGGUGUCGUCAUUUUCUUCGCCAUAAGUUACGGUCCUAGUUUGUCAUUUCCAGACUGGUGGGGCAACACUGUGUACGUUUCUUGA